CCAUCAAGGCAGCCAGAAGCCCCACGUCUCACGUCCGCCUCCGUCCCAAUGUGACUGUGCCGUCCCUCUGCUUCUCCAGGGACAGACCGGAGUUCCCUGUCCAGUGUGGGCAGUGCCAGGAAGAAACCAUGCAGCUCCACAAUCACCUCCAGGUCCCCUGUAAAUGGUUCAUCACCAUGAAUGAGCCUGUUAAGAAGGUGGACAAACCUUUGCCAGUGAGGGUGCAUCAGAAGCUGCUGCAGGAGUUGAAGGCCAAGCCCUGUGUCUUCGAGGUGCUGCCCUCGGCUGGAGCCCUGACCCCAGGACAGCGCUGCAACGUGCGAGUCAGGCUUUCCCCCCCAGAAGAGGUGAGAUCAGCCGGUGUCACCCCCAGGAAGUGCGGCAGGGCAGUGUGGUAACAAGAGCCCAGCACAGGGAGGAGGAGAUGAGGUCUGCCUGCACAUGGAGCUUUCUGCAAGCCCGGUACCCAUGGUGCCUCAGUUUCCCCUGCAGCGCACUCUUCUGAGAGGGGCUUUGAAAUGCCAAUGGGGAGCUGGCACAGAGAGCAUCAGGGCACUGCGGUGUGGCUCCCUCUCGGUGCAUGGGGGGAAAUCUGCCUGUUUCCCCUCGUCUUCCCCCUUGCAUGGGCGUGUUUGCAGGCUGCAACACCCUGGUGCAGAGCGGCUGGCACGCUCGCAGGGGAUAACUAAACCUGGAAGGGCCUAUCUAGGCUAAUCCUGCUGCUGGUACCAGCAGACAAAACAGCCACCAGACCCCUUCCUGGGCACGGCAGGCCAGUCACCUGUAGUGGUAUGCUGCCAGCAGUCCCUGUGGCUCUGGCCCAGCCUGCCUGCACGUUCCCAGGCAGUUUGGGAGUCAGCAUAAAAGAUGGAGCAUUCCCAAAGGCAGUCUGUGUGUAGCCGCCAUGACUUCGA